CUAGGCGCAGUUUCUGGACGAUGGACAAACUGACCCGGCGUUCCUAUCUCAAGAGUUGCAUCAUUAAUUACCAUCCGUCUGCACCGUGUCUCAAAUGCCUAGACUGAUCACGAAAUGACGCCUGACGAGCGCGAGAAUGAGGCAGGCAUUCCGAGUGACAUAGAGUUGGCCUUCGCCAAGUCCGGCCCCAGUCCAGACAAUGUCCAAGCGACAUCUGGAGAACAAAGAGAAGGGGAGUCGCCCGUAGCGAGGACGGCAACCAACACCUCCAUUGCUGAGACGCUCUCGCUCCCUCACGAAAUUGCUUUCGUCGGAUUAGUUUGCAUGGCGCAGCUGACCACACAGGCGGGCCUCGGCCAAGCAUUAUCGAUACUUCACAUCAUAGGCGACAGCUUUGGUAUCACAGACCCUGGACAACUCACGUGGCUCAUCGCGGGCUACAGCUUGACUGUGGGCACUUUCAUUCUCUUCUCCGGCCGUCUGGGCGACGUCUUUGGAUACAAGCGGUUGCUGCUGAUCGGGUGGGCCUGGUUUUCCUUGUGGUCGGCAGUGGCGGGCUGCGCCAUCUACUCCAACUACGUGCUCUUCAUCUUCUCGCGGGUGCUGCAGGGAAUCGGCCCGGCCAUCUGCUUGCCGAACGGGCUCGCAAUCCUCGGGGCGACCUACGCGCCGGGCCGCCGCAAGGCCAUGUGCUUCGCCAUCUUCGGCGCCAUGGCCCCCGCCGGCUUUCUCGUCGGGGCACUCUUCGCUAGCCUGUUUUCCAUGGCAUUCUGGCCGUGGGCGUUCUGGGCCUUUUCCAUCGCCCUGGCCGGCCUGGCGGUAGCCGGCAUCUUCAUCAUCCCAGACCCGCCGCGUAAGUUCGCCGCCGCGAUGUCGCUCCGGGGCCGAAUGGAGCAGCUCGACAUUCCGGGCGCUGUGACCGGCGUCGCUGCGUUGGUGCUGUUCAACUUCGCAUGGAAUCAGGCGCCCAUCGACGGGUGGCAGGCACCCCAUGUGAUCGUGAUGCUGAUCCUCGGCGUUCUCCUCGGCGUUGUCUUUUUCAUACUCGAAACGCGCUACUCGCCACAGCCCCUAAUCCCCUUCGAGAUCUUCAGCUCCGACGUGUCCUUUGUGCUGGCGGCGUUGGCGCUAGGAUGGAGCUGCUUCGGCGUGUUCGUGUACUACCUCUGGCAGUUCGAGGAGGUGCUGCUGGGCGCCACUCCGCUGCUCGUGACGGCGCGCUUCACUCCUGUUGCCAUUUCUGGCACCAUGGCGGCCGUCUUCACGGGAAUGCUGCUGCACCGCCUCGGCCCUGCCGUGGUGAUGACGAUGGCGCUUACCUCCUUCACCGUCGGCAGCAUCCUGAGCGCCACCGUACCUCAGGAUCAGACUUAUUGGGCGCAGGUCUUUGUGACGCUGCUGGUCAUCUCGUGGGGCAUGGACAUGAGCUUCCCGGCCGCGACGUUGAUCCUGUCCGACGCUAUGGCCAAGGAGCACCAAGGCAUCGCGGCCAGCCUGGUCAACACCAUUGUCAACUACAGCAUCUCGCUGGGGCUAGGGCUAGCAGGUACGGUGGAGGUUCACGUCAACAAGGGCGGCAAGACGAGGGCAGAUCUGCAGAAUGGCUACCAUGGCGCGCAAUACAUGGGCAUCGGGCUGGCUGGUCUUGGCACGGUCGUGUGCUGCUGCUUUUUGUUAAAGGAGCAUCUCGAUGUUAAGUAGUUAUUAUCUAAAGAGACCCGGGGCAUCACAACACAACGGCAAAGGACAGCACCACAACCACAACAAACGACAUACAUUUAACCCUAAGCAUAUAGGUAGGCGGAGAUGGGUCUAGGUCGACCAGGGAAUAGAUUUGAGUAUCACAUCAACGGUGAUGUCCUCUUCGGAUUCGAGAAUUACUAGGCU